AUGAGAAAUUUACGACAGAGGCGUGAAAAUCUAAUAUUAAAUCUUCAAAUAUCGCUAGGAAAAGAAAAUAUUCCGCAACAAAUGAAUUCGACCACUCCUAUUCUUAUAACUUUUAUAUCUAUAACCCAAAUGCUUGCUUACGACUUAUCAAAAUCACUUCAAUCUGCUCAUUUGUUUCUUGAUAUGUAA